UGUAACCUCCUCUCGUAUAUCCAAGUUCUCGCGAGAUUUGUGCUCUGGCAGUUCUCGUUCAGACAGUCGAGUCGUUAUUUAGCACUGAGCUACAACACAAACAGAUAAACAAAGACGAACAGUAAACCUUUUCGUAUAUACACAUUCACUUCAACAUGAUGUCGGGUGGGCCAGCGGUCCGUGUGAGCAUGGAGUCAUCCUGUGAGCGACAAGUACAGGAAGUCUCUCUGGACGGGAUAGAGACGUACGUGCCUCCGCUGUCCAUGUCUCAGAACCUGGCUAAGCUCGCUCAGAGGAUUGACUUUGGCCAGAGCUCAGAUUCGGAUGAGGAACGGACCGAACGGGAAAACAGAGACGAAUGGAGCAAACGUGAACAGGAAGAGGACGAAGGUACGGUGAAGUUUCAGCCGUCAUUGUGGCCAUGGGAUGCUGUGCGUAACAAUCUGAGGAGCUCUUUAACAGAGAUGUGUGUGCUACAUGAUGUCCUGAGUGUGGUCAAAGAGAAGAAGUAUAUGGCACUUGACCCAGUGUCCCAGGACCCCACUAUUGCUAAGAGCCCACAGGUUUUCCAGCUGAUCAGUAAGAAAAAGUCUUUGGGGACAGCAGCUCAGUUUCUUCUUAAAGGUGCAGAGAAACUGACCAAGUCACUGACUGAGAACCAGGAGCAGCGCAGGCAGAGAGAUUUUAACUCUGAACUGUUGCGGCUGCGCUCGCAGUGGAAGCUGCGCAAAGUUGGAGACAAAAUCCUGGGAGAUCUCAGCUAUCGCAGCGCUGGGUCUCUGUUUCCUCAUCAUGGCACAUUUGAGGUGAUCAAGAACACAGAGCUUGACCUGGAUAAGAAGAUCCCAGAUGAUUAUUGUCCACUUAACGUUCAGAUCCCUAGUGAUUUAGAGGGCUCUGCUUAUAUCAAGGUGUCCAUUCAGAAACAGUCUCCUGAUAUAGGAGACCUUGGCACAGUGAAUCUCUUGAGGAGACAACCCAAAGUCAAACCAGGUUCUCAGAUGUGGCACUUACGGCUGGAAGCGGCACAGAACGUCUUGCUGUGUAAAGAGAUUUUUGCUCAGCUGUCACGAGAGGCUGUGCAGAUCAAAUCACAGAUCCCUCACAUUGUCGUCAAGAAUCAGAUCAUCUCACAACCUUUCCCUGGCCUUCAGCUCUCCAUCUCUCUCUGUCACUCCACUGGCGAGAAGAAGAGCCAGAGAUCAUCACCCGACAGAAGCAAACCCGACGACCAUCUGUAUGUGUUGGAGCACAAUCUCCACCAGCUCAUACGAGAGUUCCACAAGCAGACGUUGAGCUCGACGGUGAUGCCUCACCCUGCCAGCGCUCCGUUCGGCCACAAACGCAUGCGGCUGGCGGGACCCAUGGCCUAUGAUAAAGCAGAGAUCAGCUCCUGGCAGCAGACUGAAGGACUUCUGGAGAAGAUCAUCAAACAGGCCAAACACAUCUUUCUGAGAAGCAGGACGGCACGCACCAUUGACAGUUUGGCAAGUCGAAUCGAGGAUCCUCAGAUUCAGGCUCACUGGUCCAACAUUAAUGAUGUGUACGAAUCCAGCGUGAAGGUUCUCAUCACCUCUCAAGGAUAUGAGCAGAUCUGCAAGUCGAUUCAGUUGCAGCUGAAUAUUGGAGUGGAGCAGAUCCGAGUGGUUCAUAGAGACGGCCGCGUCAUCACGCUGUCACAUCAGGAACAGGAGCUGCAGGACUUCUUACUGUCACAGAUGUCACAGCAUCAGGUUCAUGCCGUGCAGCAGUUGGCUAAAGUCAUGGGUUGGCACGUGUUGAGUUUCAGUAAUCACGUGGGGCUCGGCCCCAUCGAGAGCAUCGGAAAUGCAUCUGCCAUCACAGUCGCAUCUCCCAAUGGAGAAUACUCAAUUUCAGUGCGUAAUGGUCCAGAGAGCGGCUGCAAGGUGCUGGUUCAGUUUCCUCGCAGUCAAGCUAAAGAGCUGCCCAAGAGCGAUGUGGUGCAGGACGCUAAAUGGACUAACCUGAGGGGUCCUUAUAAAGAAGUGCACUGGGCCAGAAUGGAAGGACGAAACUUUGUUUACAAAAUGGAACUCCUGAUGGCGGCACUGACGCCGUGUCCUUAGAGACGUCUGAUUAUACAUUUACUCUCUUGUCAUAACGUCUCACUCAAACAAUUUUUAUAUGUCAGUGUUGUUCGGAUGAGGGAUUGUUGCUCCUUUUUGCUGUUAAUGCCGAGUAACGUCACAUGUACAUGAUUUUUCAGCUCAAUUGUUGUUUUGCUUUUCUAAGAAAAGACCAACUUUGACCAACAGCUUGAAAAAUAAACACUUUGUAUUUA